GCUUCGGGCACCUCGUGACUUCGUUGACUUCGUCACUUCGUCGACUUCGUUGACUUCGUGUUCAACAGCGAAUCCAACUUGUUGAUUUUGUCCAGUUUCAACCACAGUGGGACAGUGGUUUCAACUUUCUCGAGUGGCCGGAGUGGAGCUGCGAGUUGACAGUUUGCUUUGACAACAGUAAAACCCCUGUUGGAAGUCCUCUUUUAGUUAUGGCAGGUUUAACCGACGAAGCCGCGGCGAAAUGUUGUUCCGAACCCGACGCCGCUACCAAGGACUUCAUCUUCCAGCAGACCAUGUUCAGGAUCAAGGAUCCAAAAGUGUCCCUCGACUUCUACACACGAAUCCUUGGAAUGAGGUUGCUGCAGAAGCUGGACUUCCCUGAGAUGAAGUUCUCUCUGUUUUUCAUGGGGUUCGAGAAGGCAGAGGACAUACCAGCGGAGCGAGCAAAGCGCACGGAGUGGACCUUUGGCCGUAAAGCCACGUUGGAGCUCACACACAACUGGGGCACUGAAAAUGAUCCAGAGUUUAAGUACCACAACGGGAACUCGGAGCCGCGAGGCUUUGGACACAUUGGUGUGAUGGUGCCAAAUGUUGAAGAGGCCUGCAAAAGAUUCGAAGACCUGGGAGUCAAGUUUGUCAAGAGACUUCAGGACGGCAAAAUGAAGAACAUUGCCUUCAUCCAGGAUCCAGACGGCUACUGGAUUGAGAUCCUCAACAACAAGAAUGUUACUGGGUCGUGCUAGGACCAAGCCAUUGGCUAGGACAUAUCGACGGACCUUGUAGAAUAGCCUUUAAGAAAAACUGAAACAAUGACAUGUUUUGUACUUUAUAAAGAAUAUGUAUUUAAUAAGUCAA